AUGCCACCACUUGAAACAUUUCCAAAUUUAACUUUCGUUUGCCUUGAAAUUUUAAUAAAUUCGUCCAAAGUGUUGUUAAACAUUACAUUUUUUUUAAAAUGGAAAACAACAGACAACAAAACCUCUUCACUUCGUCGUUCUGCAGAGGAUGAUGAUGAAAUAAUGACAAUGCAAGAGUUGGAAGAUGAGCAUUUACUUUUGAUAAAGAGCAUGAUUUUAUUCGAUGAAUUAUAA